AUGGACACGCAGGCCGGAUUCUUCUACGAGCCUGGCGUGGUCGAAGCAGAUGCGGGACCAUCGACCUCCUCUCUCGCGCUUCAAUCAGCGUCUCAGCCUCCUCAGCGUCUCACAGCCACGCAGUCUGCGCGUUUGAGGAACUGGCUCGAAGACUCACUUGGCGUCUUGCAUCGAGGUUGGCAAAGAAGGUUCGCCAAGAGGGGAGAGAAUAGGUUCGUCACGCUGGACCAGUAUCUGGAUCAAGCGCAAAACAUCUUGAGCGUGCUGGCGCUCAUACCGCAACACUACGAAGGUGCGAGGAGGAGAGAGGAGCUCAAAGUCCCUUACUUGCUCAGAGCUACCAGUGAGCUUGUCGAGGGAGUUGUUGGAUAUGACUUGCGGCCGUACAGGAGAGAGGAGGAGCAUACACCCACAUCGUUUGACUACGAGGACCUGGGAGACGCACCGAACGUUCACGAUGAAGCAGACCACUCAGCGGCUCCACCAAUCGGCGGCACGCCGCUACCAAUGCAAUUUACAUACGUUCUCAGGACGUUCGCCCUGCUCGAUGCUCAAUGGGUCGCGCUUCUCGACGGCAAAGACCUGGACUACAAGUCGGCUCAGGCUCGCAGUACGCGCAACUAUCCGUGUUCUGGCGACUUGUACGAGUUCAAGUCGUCCGACGACACCCUUGAAAUGGGCGAGGAAUGGCACGCUUCCACACUGACUGGUCGACAUCCAAGAGCCACUGCUACCGCAAGUCAUGGCAGAUUUCAGCGCGCGACAGAAAAUCUGGAAGGAAUCAGGGUACAGAGCGGAUCGGGCAGAGCGCUCUCACAGACGGACAAAGUGAGGCUGAGAAAUGUGGUCCUGGAUGCAAGGGCUAGAUUUAUGCGCUGGAUGAGAUUGGCUUUAGACGCAGAGAUGCUCGACGAUGAGGAAGAGAACGCGCAAGAGGACGAAGUCGAGGAGAGUGAGCGGCGUGAUCAAACCGAAGUUGGACAUGCGAACAAUGCAACUUCUGCUGCUGCACAUGCGAACAAUGCAACUUCUGCUGCUGCUGCUGCUGAAGACGUUCAUGAAACUGCCUGCGGGGAGCAGCCAAUGACUAACGCUGGCACGGAGGAUGAUGAGGAUGAGCUGGACAUGGAAGAGGUUCUGCCUCAGUCGCGCACCGAGAGGAAACUCUUCUCAUUGGGUGAUGGCCCGUCGCCCAUCAUCGAUCGGUCUCAUGAACUCCGAGCCUUAGAUUCACCUAUAGAUACUUCUGUAGAAGGUAGACACUUCGCAAAUUUGUUUGCGCGAAAGGUGCGUCCCACACGGCUGCUGCAUUUGCUUGCAGGAAAAGUGUGUGAAGGACAAUUAAUACGAGAGCUACCUGUGAUACUCUUCUGCAGCUUGAUCCUGAUGCGGAUGAUCAAGACUCGGAUAGCGGAAAUGACGCCUCGCAUCCAGUUCGGUCGGAGACCAGCCAAGAAGAUCAAGAAAUUUUUUCACGGCGCUCUCAUACUUCACCUGAACAUAUACCUCAGACUGGUAGCGCUCCAAAGGUGGCAUCCGAGGCACCUCACGAGCGAACAGGUGCGGAGCCGGCAGACACGGGCGUCUUGAUCUGGGAGCAAUUGCGAGAACGCUCAGAAGCUUGUCGGAAGGAAACGAGAGGCAGUUGGAGAGACUCGAAAGGGAGAGAAAUAGAGCUGCUGGAAGGCCAGAGGAUGAUUAA